AUGGAAGUCGAGAGGGGACAAAACUACUUCCAUUCUGGUGCCAAGAAGUAUUACCGUAGCCAAACUUAUGUUAAGGUUGAAGGAGAAACUUGGGUGAGUGAAAGAUGUUACAGGUAUUUGGAGAAAGCCGGUUUUUCAUUCUGGUCACGAGCACUAUUCGUGGGAGACCGAUACAACAUUAUGACAAACAACAACGCGGAAUCAUUGAACUCGAUGCUGAGACAUGCUCGUUCGUUGCCAAUCACGUGUUUGGUCGAGCACAUUCGUAAAACAAUGCAGAGGUGGUUUUACGAACGUCGAAGCAACGCAACCUCAUGCAGCACUAUAUUAUCUUCGAGGAUGGAGAACGAGUUACAAACAACAUUUGAAGCUGGUACUAGGCUUCGAGCCCAUCAGUUGACAAACAGCUUGACCCAGGUUGGAAUAUCCAACGAUACGGAGAUAGUGGACUUCUCCGAUAACACGUGCACAUGUCGUGAGUUUCAACUAAAUCGUAUGCCAUGUGCUCAUGCAACUCGUGGGGCUACCCUGAGUGGUAAGUCAUUAUACGAUCUAUGCUCUCCGUACUAUACAUCGGAAUACUGGAGGGGUGCCUAUAUGGAAGUCAUAUAUCCCGUUACACGGGAAGUGGAUUGGGUUGUUCCAAAUGAAAUCCUAGGCACUCAUAUUUUGCCACCGACCGUACGUCGUCCUCCAGGUAGACCACCGACGCGACGUAAGCGAGCUAGAUACGAGUCCACUUCCCAACUGAGGAAAUGCACUCGAUGUGGGAGACUUGGUCAUAACCGGACCACAUGUUCGAACCCUAUUUGCAAAUUUGGUCAUUAUGUUCCGCAAGCAAAGUACCGAUCAUUACAGUUCCAUUAUCACGAAUGA